GCCCUGUGCUCUCGUUCUGACCCUGGUCUUGACCUGGUCCACAAGAACUAUGUCAGACCCGGCCAGCCCCAAAGUGUCUCACGAGGAUGGUUCCAAGAAGUCAAACCGGCAACGCAAGUUCACGCCUGCUCGAAAUUUCCCUGGGAUGCCAGGUUUUCCUCCUCAGACUGUAUUCAAACAACUUGCCUUGGAACUUAAGGUGCUGAAGCUUGGCACAGAUCACAACCUGAUGGUAACCAUCCAGUCUUCUGGUCACUCCUACAUAGGCCGCUCGACUUACGACGGGUGUAUACAGAUAAAUCUAGGGAAAAUGAAGAAACGCACGGUGAACCUAAACAGUGAGAGAAACGAGGCAGGGGAGAUCACUGUGGAGAGUGGAAACUCUUGGCUCGAAGUUUAUACAGAGGUGGACAAAAUACAGCGCGUAGUGGUAGGCGGGAGUGCCCACACGGUGGCCAUGGGCGGUUACACACAAGGUGGAGGUCACAGUCCUAUAGGACGGGCUCUUGGGCUGGCAGUUGACAACCUGCUGGAAGCGACCCUGGUCCUUGUGGAUGGCAGAGUGGUCACUGUCAGUGAGAAGGGGCAAGUCGUGCAGGUGGGUUGGCUGCUUGCUUGGUGUGAAUGUACGUCGUAGAUCUUUUUCUUGUUCUUGUUCUUGAUGUUCUUGGUGUGAAUGUACGUCGUA